AUGAUUGAAGACAUUGAUAUUGAUGAUUACGAUGAUCAUGGAAAUAUCAAUAGAACUAAAACUAUCUCGAUCAAAACUAUUGCAAAUCUUAAAAGGAGAAGUAGUAUUAGAAAGAAUUCCCUUAAACUGAAAGCUAGCAAAAGAAGUAGUCAAAUGGAAGAUGGCUCUUCAUCAAGAAAAUCAUUUGAAAUGAGUGAAACUUCACCAAGAUCAUUUGAAAUGGGCGAUACUUCUCCAAGAUUGUUUGAAAUGGGUGAGACUUCACCAAGAUCAUUUGAAACUUCUCCAACAAGGAAAUCAUUUGAAAUGAGUGAGGACGAUGAAAAAGAAAAGACAAAUACUAGUAGAUUAGGUGUACAAGUUGUUUAUCCAGAACAUAUUGUCGAAGUGGUUCACCAAGAUUAUGUUUUUAAUGAUGAAUACGUCUCUUAUGGUAAUACGUCAAAUGGUGGUAAUACUCAAA